AUGGCUACAACUGAUUGUCGACCAUCAAAUAUUUAUCGAAUACCAGUUUAUCAAAAGCGAGUUACUGGUCUUGAGAAUUAUAUAUCUAUUCCAUAUAGUCGUCCUCCUUCACCUAUUACAACUGUACUUGUAUCUCGACGACGUCAUUCAACACCUCCAGCAUCAACUCUACGUUUUGUUGAAGUCAAAUCACCAUCAUCAAAUACAGUUAUCAAACAUUAUUAUCCGCCUGUAAGAACAACACGUAUUAUUAGAGAACCAGGUUCAAUAUCUGAUUCAAUUAAAUCUACUCCUUGUUCAGCUUCAUUAGUACAACGACGUUUUCAAGAUGAACGUACCGUUUAUACAGCAACAGCUCCGACAAGUCUUAGUUCAAUUACGGAUAUUAUUUUACCAGUAGCUAAAAAAAAUCGUAAUACAAUUAUUGAUACUCCAAAUCAUAUUGUAUCCGAUAUUCAAACUGUUAAUCAUGAUUCAUCAACAAAAAAACAAUUAAAAAAACGAGAACAACUAAUGCCACUUGACCUUGUAUGUGAUGUUUUUCUGUCAGAGGAAGACGAUCGUGAAGAUUCAACAAUGCAAGAUUUUGUAUGA